CCCCGCUAGCAACCAGCUCUCUAACCACAGCGCUGGCACAACAACAACCACGGRGCGGCCGCGGCGGGAUGUAGACCCGCAGGAACAAUAGCAAAUGCUUGCAAGARGACGCACACACGCUGGACUUCUCCCAGCCCGGAGGCGCACUCUGCCUCUGCCCGGGGACAGCUGGCGACGUGCAGCACGCUGGCAUGCGGCACCGGCUCCCCCUGACACCACCCUGUCACCUGAGCCUGUGGGGACACAGCCCCUCCGUGCAAUGGGAGCAGGGGCCAGCAGGGCACAGGCACCGCUGAGAAGCUCCCGCCCGACUUUCUCUUCCUUCAUCCUGCAGCUGCCCCAGUGCCAAUGCAACUCCUGCUGCUGCCGUUGUUCGUCCUGUGGCACCUCGGAACCCAGGCACAGGGCGAGAGAUGCAAUCAGACUGCAGAGUUGGAAGGGCAGGAUGCACCAAGUGAUGGAGGGACCCUUCUGAACCUCAGCGUGAGUGACCAUGGCCGAUCAGACUCUCUCCUUCUGUCCUGGGAUGAGCCGGAGCGGGGUGUCGUGGGAUAUUCACUUGCCCUCUCUUCCCUGCGGCCRGACAAGAUGCUGCAGAACAGAUCAAUUGGACCGAACAGCACCAAUUUCUGGUUCCAUGGGCUGACACCUGGCACGUCCUACAAAAUUGACAUGACAGCUACUCUUGCCUGCAUGGGCAUCACCAGCCAGACAGUCAUUGGACAGACAAGUCCAUCACCUGUCCACAACCUGAGCCUGAGCAGCGAUGGGAGCUCUGCAGUGCUGCGCGCCUCCUGGGAACAUGCCGGCGGGCAGCUGGACGGCUACCACCUUGCCCUGUAUCACAGCGACUCCCAGAUUCUCGUGAGAAAUGCAUCCGUCCUGCCAAAUGCCACCACAUUCCUGUUUGAUGGGUUGCUGCCUGGCAGCGAGUAUGCCUUGAAAGUCAGCACACUGUCUGGAGCCAGCCAGGCCAGCACCAGUAUCCGCCAGUGGACAGCACCCUCCAUUCCCACACAGCUAAGGCUCACUCCAGGGUCCAGCACCAGCCUCUUUGCCUCCUGGGCUGGUGCUGGGGGAGCUGCCUGGCUGCACCUCACGCUCCGCGAUCUGCUCACCCAAACGGUGACCAAGACCUUGUCAGCCAAGAGAGGYCUCACCAACUACACCUUCCAGCACCUGCAGCCUGGCACUCAGUACUGGUUGGGUCUCAGUGCCAUGGCUGGGCCUUAUUCCACAAUGGGGCCGAAUGCCACAGCCUGGACAUACCCACUGCGCCCUGGCAAUGUGACGCUGAGCAGCGUGGAGGAGCAGAGCUCCUUGCAGGCUCACUGGAACAUCCCAGCAGGAGAAAGAGACUUUUAUCUGGUGACCCUGCAGGAGGAAGAGGAYGGUGCUCCAACAAGGAACAUCUCCGUUGGAGGAGACAGCAGUCAUGUCACCUUCCAUGGGCUGAGGCCUGGGAAGCAAUACUCAGUCCAGGUGACAGCAGUGGCUGGACCUUACUGGGCUUCUGAAUACAGCCCAGCUGUCUGGACAAAGCCACUGCCACCAUCCAGUGUGAGCCUCUGCAACCAGGGCAGCUCCUCCAGCCUGCUAGCCCGCUGGGAAAAGGCAAUGGGAGAGGCAUACAUGCUGGUCCUCAGUCCCGUGGAGCUCCCUAUGAAGAACAGCUCCCUUCUCAGGGGUGUCACCAACUUCACCUAUGAGGGCCUUCACCCCGGAACCCUCUAUAGCUUUGAGAUCAGCACUGUGGCUGGCCCUUACACCUCUGCACCUCAGCGCAUCACCAACUGGACGUAUCCUUUGCCUCCAGAGCAGCUGACCCUCAGCAAUCAAGGCCUCAGCACGUCUCUACAAGCUUCCUGGAAAGCAGCUUCUGCUGGCAGCACCGGCUACACUGGUUCUCUCUGGGAGACGAAAGCCCAGAGAUGUGUCAGGAACGUGACAACAGGGAAGAGCCUGACAAAUGUCACCUUUGAGGAUCUCGUCCCUGGGCGACAGUAUACCCUGGAAAUGGUUGCCACAGCUGGGCCUUACAAAUCCCCUAUGCGAUCWGCAACAGACUGGACAUACCCCAUGGCUCCGUCCGGUGUGACCCUGACCAAUACCAGAAGCCCACUGGGACUCUCUGCCUUCUGGGACAAGGCUGCUGGUGAUGUGGACCAGUUUCACCUCCAGCUCUACAGCAAGAACCUUCCGUCACAAAGGAACAUCACAGUGGGGCCCAAAACACRGAAUUUCACAUUCCUGGGCCUGGCCCCUGGUAUUCAAUAUUUCCUGAAGGUGACCGUCCUUGCUGGCCCAUACAGAUCUUCCUCCCACUUUGCGACYGAGUGGACAUAUCCAUCAUCGCUGGCUAACGUGAGCAUACAGCCUGGCCGGAGACCCCAGGAGCUGCAUGUGAGCUGGGUGGAGCCAGAUGGUGGCAGAGAACACUUGGUACAGCUCUCGGUGGCUGAAUCCCUGUCCAUCAUCAGGAAUGUGUCUGUUCCCUAUGGAGUCAACCACAUUGACCUGGAGGGGCUGGUGCCAGGGUCCCAAUACCGUGUGGAGAUCUUCUCACAGGCUGGGCCUCAUCGCAGCUCCUCCCAGACUGUCAUCGGCUAUACUGUCCCGCUACCUCCUCUCUCACUGUCAGCGAUCCCUGUCAGCACUUCCUGGGCCCUGGCUGUGCACUGGGAGACUCCACCAGGUCAGAGGGAUGGAUAUCUGCUCAGCGUGCAUGAGGAGGACUCCUCUUCAUCAGCAAGGAACCUGGACGUGGGAAAAGACAGCACCAACAUCACCUUGGCACAGCUGGCACCAGGAACGUGCUACCUUGUUGAGCUCUGGGCUGUAGCUGGACUCUACCGCUCCCUCCCCAAGAAUGUCACUAGUUGUACAGUUCCUGCUGCUCCGACRAACUUGAGCCUUACCAACCCAGGCAGCUCCUCAGAGCUUCAUGCAUGCUGGAACAAACCCCCUGGCAGAAGGGACCAUUAUCGUGUUAACUUAUAUAGCCUCACCUCUCAGAGCCGGGCCAGGGUCCGGACAUUGCCACCAGAUGCUCAGAAUGUUACCUGGACUCAUCUGGAGGCAGGCAGCAGGUUUGCUGUGCAGGUCACUGCUGUGAAAGGCUCAUUUGAAGCUUCCUCUGAAAAUGUCACUCAGUGGACAUAUCCAUUGGCUCCAUCCAACCUCAUGGUGAGCAGCCCCUCUGCCUCCAAACUGCAGGCCUCCUGGGCAGCUGUGGAGCAGGGAGCAGRGGGCUACGUGGUGGAUCUCUACGACAGGGCCUCUGGUGGCCCUGUUGGGCACRUGGUGCUGAACAGGCACACUAGGAGUCACACCUUCAUCAACCUGAGCCCCGGCACUCACUACAGUGUCACAGUGAGGGCCACAGCUGGGCCCUACCAUGCCACCACGCUCAACCUCACCCACUGUACACGUCCCUUGGCCCCUGCAGCUGUGCACUUUCUGAGCACGGGGCACUCCGACAGGCUGACGGCAUCCUGGAGGGCUGCAGGUGGGGGACGAGACAGCUACAUGCUGACCCUGUACCACGUGGGACUGGGCACCGUGGUGGCAACGACCUCACUCGCAAGAGACACCCACAACUUCACCUUCCUGGGGCUGGCCCCAGGAUACGAAUACUCCCUGGAAGUCAGUGCCAAGGCUGGACCAUACCAGACAGUGGCACACAAUGUCAGUGGAUGGACAYGCCCCCUGCCCCCUGCUGCAGUGUGCUUGCUGAGUGAGGGGCACUCCGACAGGCUGAGAGCUUCCUGGGGAGCAGCAGCCGGCGGGCRAGAUGGCUACGCUCUCACUCUGUACCGUGUGAGCUUGGACACUGUGUCAGCUACAGCUUCCUUCGGGAGCGACAUCAACAACUUCACCUUCACGGGCCUGCAUCCAGGAAGCAAGUAUGUGUUGGAAGUGAUGUCCAUAGCUGGGUCCUACCGGAUACCUGCAGGGAAUGUCAGCAACUGGACAUAUCCCCUGGCACCAUAUAGCGUGUACAUGACAAACCAGGGCUAUACUAACAGGCUAAGUGUGUCCUGGAAAGCUGAGCCCGGAGGACAAGAUGGUUACAGGCUCUUCCUGUACCAUGUGGGAUCAGGUAUUGUGGCAGGCAACGCGUCUGUGGGGAAAAGCACCAACAAAUUCACCUUCUCUGGCCUGGCUCCAGGGCACAAAUACGUGCUGGAAGUCCUCUCCGUGGCAGGGCCCUACACAGCCUCAGCAGGGAACAUCAGCGACUGGACAACCCCUUCAGUUCCCCAAAAUCUCUCUGCGCUGGUGGAAGGGAACAACACAAUACUCAUCUCCUGGGACAGUGUCUCGGGCCAGCAGGAUGACUGCCAGCUGUGGCUGCAAGAUCCCAGGAACAGCUCUCUUCCCCAGCAGCACACCAUCACCAAAGGUCAAGUGCGGCAUACCUUCCAGGGGCUGAUCCCGGGGAGAAACUACUCCGUGUCCUUGAGCUGCGUGGCUGGGCCCUACUGGAGCAGCACCAAACCCUUGGCAGUGCCAGUAGAACCAAACCCAGUAGAGGAUGUGCAAUGCCUGUCAGAGUCCAGUAGCCUUUACUUGAAUUGGACCAGUUCUCCUGGAGAUGUGGAGGCAUACGAGGUGAUGACAGAGAGACUUUCUGGAGAUGGACCUCUCACCUCCAAGGACUCUGUGAGUGUCCCUAGCAGUGAAGUCAGCCUUGAAGGACUGCAGCCAAACUCUUCAUAUAGAAUCAUUGUGAGCACAGUGGGCAAGAACAGGAUGAGGAGCCAGGCUGUAACUCUGCUCUGCCACACGGCGGUGGAGGCCCUGCCUCCACCCCUGCGAACAAACAUCUUCCAUGUGGAGGCCAGCUCCACAGUUGUCAUUUCAUCCGAUCUGUUCAGUGAGGAGAAUGGCCAGAUCGAGUACUACGGUGUCAUUGUCACCACUAACAACUCGUUGCUGAGGCCCACCCAGGAAAGCAUGUCCAGCACAUGGUACGACCACUAUUAUGGGACAGAGGAUUCCUACUUGGCUGUACUGAUCCCGAAUCCCUUCCAUCCAAGCCCCAGGAGUUCCCUGGAAACCUGGCCAGUACCAGUGGGAAUAGAGGAGUGUGGCCAGUCUAGGGCAACAUGCAAUGGGAAGCUGAAAGCYGACAAGCAGUACAGGUUCAGCAUCGCUGCCUUCACCAGGUAUGAUCCGGUAGCUCCUGCAGUGUCAUUCACCAUGUUCUCAGCUGCUCAAGCAAGUGUAGAGGCAUCUCCACUCCCCAUGCCAGUCAUAGCUGGAAUUGUCAUGGGAUUUCUCUUGACACUUACAGCUAUUUUUGCUUUGGUCUAUUGGAAACAACUCAGAACAAAGAGAACCAAGAACAGCCUGCCCCAGGAAAUGGUGACUUACAGCUUGAGAAACGUCCACCGGCCGAUCCCCACACAAAACUUCAAGCAGUACUACGAGAUGAAGACAGCAAGUGGCAAUCAUGCUUUCUUCCAGGAAUUUGAGGAGCUGAAGGAAGUUGGGAAGGAGCAAUCAAAGGUGGAGGCUGAGCUGUCUACCAAUGUCUCCAAGAACAGAUAUCCCCAUGUGCUGCCCUAUGACCACUCGCGAGUCAAGCUGAGCCAACUGGGGGAGGAUCCGCAUUCAGACUACAUUAAUGCCAACUUCAUGCCCGGCUAUACAUCGCAGCAGGAGUUCAUUGCCACCCAAGGCCCCCUGAAGAAAACAAUAGAGGACUUCUGGAGACUGGUAUGGGAGCAGAACGUCCGCAACAUCGUCAUGUUGACAGUGUGCAUGGAGAAUGGGCGAGUCCUCUGUGAUCAUUACUGGCCAUCAGAGUCAGCCCCAGUAUCCUAUGGGCAGGUCGAAGUCCACCUGCUGAAGCAGAACAGCUCAGAAGAGUGGACCAUGCGCGAGUUCAAACUGUGGCACCAAUGCCUCCAGACAGCGCGGCAUGUGUCCCACCUGCACUACACGGCAUGGCCUGACCAUGGGAUCCCAGAGUCUACGACUUCUAUUAUGGCCUUCAGGGAGAUAGUCCGAGAGCACAUUCAGAGCGCCAAGGAUGCCGGGCCAACUCUUGUGCACUGCAGUACUGGAGUGGGCCGCACUGGCACUUUCAUUGCUCUGGACCGUCUGCUACAGCAGAUGAAGCAGGAGAAAAUAGUGGACACGUUUGGGGUCGUCUACACCUUGCGGAUGAACCGUUACCAGAUGAUUCAAACCCUGUCCCAGUAUAUUUUCCUGCACAGCUGUAUCCUGGACAAGAUCUUGGAGGAGCCUCUCCUGGGCCUAUCAGGAACAGAGACGUCCUGCCCCAUCCCAGUCAAAAGCUUUGCACAGCACUGUGCCCAGAAAGCAUCCAAGUCCAAUAUGGGCUUCCUGAAGGAAUAUGAGACCCUCCUAGAGGUAGUCAAGGAAGAAGCCAGCUCUGCAACUCCAUCUUCAGGCAGCCAGCAGGCACGGACCUCUUCCAGCAUCCUCCCAUAUGAUCGCUCCAGAGUCAAGUUUUCCCUGCUGGAACAGGGCACUUCUUCAGGUCUCCUUCACGUGUGGCAUAUUCCGGGCUGCAGUUCCAGCAGGGAUUAUUUGGCUAUCCAGGGCCCUGACAAGGUGACCAUGGAAGAGUUCUGGACCCUGGUGUGGGAACAGGAUGUCCACAUGAUCCUAACACUUCUCCCCUGGCAUGAAAAGGGGGAGGUCCCGAGUGAGGCAUGCUGGCCCCUGGAAGGAGACUCUCUUCGCACAAAGAUGCUGACGAUCCAGUGUGGUGCAGAGAAACCUGUCUCGGGAUGGAGGUGUAUCCAGCUCAAAAUGAAACACGAGAAGAAAGCAAAGGAGAAGCAAGUGCAAUGGUUCCUGUAUACACUCUGGAACAGCAAGAAACAGCCAGACAUCCAAAGACUGGUGGAGUUCCUCACUGCUGUCAGACGGUGCAUACCCCACCGGAGGAGAGCCAGUCCUCUCAUCCUGCACUGCAGUCCUUGCAGCAGCGAUGUGAGCCAGAUGGGGACACUGAUUGCUCUGGACUGCCUGUUGCACCAACUGAAAGCUGAAAGAAGUGUGGAUGUCUAUGGAGUGACCCUCCAGCUGACGAAAAGCUGCUGUCUCAUGACCCCAACACUGGACCAGUACAUGUUCCUGUACACGUGCAUCCGGGACAUCAUUGCUCAAAAACAGUCCUAAACCCUCUCAGCACUUCCUGGCACCAUCCUUCACUCCGCUGCUGCAGGGUCUUARCCCAAGCCAGAAGCUGCAGGAGCACCGUGGGACAUUGUGGGACACGUGGCAGAAAUGAGUGCUGCAUCAAGAGGGGACCCACCUGGGUACAGCCAUGGGUCCUACAUGGAUUACAGGUGCUGACAGAGACAUCAGGACUCCUCAUGUCCUAUCCCAGUCUGCUGAAGUCCCUCACAUUCCUGGUGUCUGGAGRAUUUAUUAACCUAAUUGCAGCACAUUGUCCUUGCUCUGGAGUCCUGCAGUGCUUCUGCACCUCGGUGCAGGAUGGAUGAGCCUCUCUGCAGACCCUGACUCCAGCAGGUUGUUAAUGCGUGAUGAAAGCCCGUGACUGCAUGGACAUCUCGUGGGUGCAGCGUGCACUGAGAUGUCAAAUGUUGCUGUGGGCAGAACAUCCCGGGAACAGACCUGUCUUGGAUGAUGGAUCACUGCUAGAUGCCAACAACAUGAACCCCUAGGAAAGGGUGUACUCUUACAAGCGGGUUGGCUUUCCUGGGGUCCUGGAAUGCUCCAGGACAUCUGCKGCCACAAAGUACCCAUUCCCAAAGGGCAGCUGUGUCCCUAUCCAGGAUGGCCAUGAGCAAUGGGGGUCUUUGGCCAGCCCAGGCACUACAGCCUGUGUGCACACAUGUCAGAGCCAUGGUUCAAAUUCUGAAUUUGAGGGGGAUUUGAGAGGGAGAGGGAGCUGCUGAUAUUAGGAAGACCAGUGGUCAUCCCCUCAAACCGAGGAGAGAGGAGCCAUACCUGGAGCAAAACCCAGCAUUUCCCCACCUGUAGAUUCGGACAAAUUCUGUGGCUUUCGUUUACUAAGUGUGGCUUGGAAAUCCCAGAUGCUGAGCACAGUUAGGUAUUAAAGAUGUAAGUAGAUGCAAGCUUUAGCCUAGUGUUCAAUAAACGCUUAUUCAAGG